GCUACUCACAUUGCACAACGCCGAGACAUAGGUUUCCCCUAUCAACAGCCCGCUAAAGCUUCAUUCGUGGCCUUUGUUACAUCGGAAUGUUGACGGAGAAUUAGGUUACUUCUUAAACAUGACAGAUACACAUCUGGAGCCGACGCCAUGUCCGGAGAUCAACGCCUCGAAGCUGUCGCGACUCUUCUUCUUGUGGUCUAACGGGUUAUUAAAGAAGGCGUACACAGAACCACUUACCGAGGACACACUUUGGGCCAUAAACCCAAGGGAGAAAUGUCAAAAUGUGUGCCCAAAGUUCGAGAGAAUCCUUUCCGGAGGGAAGCCAAGAUCAAGAUCUGCAAGACAUUCAUCAAGAACAGAGGACAUUCCAUCAAGUAAUCAGAGUACCACGGGGUCCAGUUCUGACAUAAGACACAGAAAGGGAACAAGGGAACAAACAGUAGGACAUGCUCACGUCAAGACCCAGGAUUUUACACAACCGAGUCAGAAAGUCAAACACCUUUCACUGUGGAUGGUUAUUAUCAAGACAUUCUGGAAAGAGUUCUUCAAAGCAAUGGGUCUUAGAUUUUUGCAGUAUAUAAUAAUUUGGACAACAAAUCCUUUCUUCAUGAGCUACUUGAUCGACACAACUGAUGACCCCAACUCCAGUGUGUGGAUGGGGAUGCUGCUGUCCAUGGUCCUGCUGCUGCUACUGAUGACGGCGGGGGUAUUGUUUGAACACUCCUUCUUCAACAACCAUAGCCUCGAGAUGCAUUUACGCUCAUCACUCAUGUCAUCUGUUUUCUAAAAGGCAAUGAAUCUCCACUGGAAGUCCCGAAAGAAAUACUCAGUAGGUGAGAUGACCAACUAUCUAUCAAGUGACGCUGACACCAUCGCCUUCCGUCUGACCCACUUGACCGAGGUGAUGUACACUCCACUCCACUUCUUUGUGGUCUUCUCCCAGCUGUUCCGCAUCCUUGGUCCAGCAGCUUGGUUUGGACUGGUCAUCGUCGUCCUCAUUAUGCCCAUCAAUGUGUACAUCGCGGUCAGAAUGCGGGAUCUGUUCGACGAGAACUCCGAUAACAAGGACGAGAAGAUGAAACUGAUGAAUGAAGUACUUACAGGCAUGAAGGUAUUAAAGCUCCAUGCCUGGGAGAAGUGUUUCGGAAACAAGCUUGACGCAAUCAGGACCAAGGAACUGUCUGUUCUGCGACGUCUGUACGUGGUCCGAGCCUUCAACGUCUUCAGUUGGAACGCAUCACCAUAUGUGAUUUCCGUGGUGAUGUUCUGUGGGUUCUACUACCUGAACGGAGACAGUAUUUUGUCACCGAGAUCUGCCUUCGCCGUUGUGUCACUCUUGAAUCUACUCCGAUUUGCCAUCAGUCAAACGCCAGAAAUCGUAUUUGACAUCACCAAGGCGCGUAUUUCAGUCAGAAGACUACAGACAUUUCUACGGGAGGACGAGUUUGAAGCGAGUUCAGAAGGAAAUGAUCACACUGAUGGUAUUGCUAUCAAGAUGGAGAAUGCCAAUUUCUCCUGGGAUGACGGCAGUUCUAAACCAGCCUUAAAAGCUGUGAACCUGCGUAUCCCCGAGGGGAGUCUGGUGGCUGUGGUCGGGCAUGUGGGGGCGGGCAAAUCUUCACUGGUAGCAGCAGUGAUGGGGGAGAUACAGAAGGUUAAAGGUCAUCUCAGUGUCAAGGGUCGUGUUGCUUAUGUACCUCAACAAGCCUGGAUCCAGAACGACACCCUGCAGAACAACAUCCUUUUCGGGAAGCCAAUGGACAGACAUCUGUAUGAUGAGGUGGUGGAGUGCUGUGCCCUGAAACCUGACCUGGAUAUGCUGCCAGCGGGGGACCUGACAGAGAUAGGGGAGAGGGGUAUCAACUUGAGUGGAGGACAGAAGCAGAGAGUUUCUCUAGCCAGAGCUGUCUACAACGAUGCUGACAUCUAUCUGCUGGAUGAUCCGCUCAGUGCUGUCGACAGUCACGUGGGGAAACACAUCUUCGAUUUUGUAAUAGGUGCAGAUGGGAUGUUGAAAGACAAGACACGAGUCUUGGUAACUCACAACGUUCGUUACCUGCCUGGCGUUGACAACAUUGUCGUUUUGGGGGACGGAACAGUGGCGGAGACGGGGUCGUUCCGCGACCUCCUCAACAGUGAUGGUGUGUUCACACGUGUGUUGCGAUCCUACCUGGUGGAAUAUGAGGACAACAGGGCGUGCGUAGAAGACCUAGAGACCGGCCAAGAGGAAGAUGUAGGCAGUGAUGUGAAAACAAAACUGAUUCGUCUGAACAGCGAGGAUGUACCCGCAACAACUGACGGCAAACAUACAAUUGCAGAAGUGGCCCACAUCAAGACAUCAAGGCAGUCCUCCAGACAUCUGUCAACCUCAGAAGAUGACUCGCAAUCUGGCGGAAAGUGCAUUGAAGAGGAGGAACCAGUGGAAGUUGGUGGAAAGCGGACAUGGAGCCUGUUUCUGGAUUAUGCGAGAGCCUACGGCUACUGGCAGAUGUUGUUAACAGUGACGUCCUAUUGCCUGUACUACAUCCUCUGGUUGGAGGGUAACAUCUGGCUAGCCCAGUGGACGGAAGACCCUCUACUGAAGAGUGUCAUAGACGGCGUCCUCACUAAUGGAACAACACAGGAGGACAUACGGAAGACCAACAUGCAGUACCUGAGCGUCUACAGUGGACUUGGUCUAGCCAUGUCGUUCUGCAUCUUGAUCUACACUUCCGUCACAACGGUCGGUGUGGUGAAGGCCUCGCGAGAACUGCAUCACAAAUUGCUAACAAGCAUCCUGAGAGCUCCAAUGAAAUUCUUCGAUACAACACCAAUCGGCAGAAUAACCAAUCGCUUCUCACAUGACAUAGACAAGAUUGACGGGGACUUGCCAUUUGGCCUUGAGUUCUGGCUGGACUGUGUGGCUGUCGUGGUCGUGUCUCUCGUUGCUGUUGUGUAUAGCUCCCCCCACGUCACAGUGCUCAUCAUACCACUUGCCUACUACUAUCAUUAUAUACAGGUGAGUAGCGACAUACACAAACCUCCUGGACAGAACAAACAUUCAGGAUCAUCUACCGCUUUGAGCAAUCUGUUGUCUCACAGGUGGAUGGGUAUACAUCUCUUGGUUGUUGGCAACGUCAUCUGCAGUGCAACAUCUCUGCUGCGGAACCUGACUAAGGGAAUCAGGUCUGGAGCUCUGGUUGGGCUUGGGACGGCUUUCUCACUGGAUAUAAAUUCGGCCUUGGGAUUCAUGGUGAUUACUCAGAGCGAGAUGGAGGUCAAUCUCAUGUCUAUGGACAGAGUCCAACAGUUCAUCAACAGCCCAAAUGAAGCAGCUUUGAGAAAGGGACAACUCCCCUUCAACUGGCCCGACAGAGGCAGGCUAGAAUUUAUUAACUACAGUCUGCGAUACCGUCAGGGCCGGGAUCUGGUGCUGAAGAAUAUCACAUUUACUGUUCAUGGAGGGGAGAAGAUUGGUGUUGUCGGCAGAACAGGAGCAGGUAAAUCAUCCCUGAUGCUCUCCCUUUUCCGUCUUGUGGAGCCAACAGAGGGCGCUAUAGUGAUUGACGGUGUAGACAUUGCUGACAUCGGACUUCAUGAUCUCAGGGAGAAACUAGCUAUAAUACCACAGGACCCUUUCCUCUUCACGGGUCCCUUGAGAAUGAACCUUGACCCCGAGGACCUGUACACAGAUGAGGAAAUCUGGGCGGCUUUGGACCACACCCAUCUCCGCCGUUUUGUGGAAUCUCUGUCUGAUGGGCUCGAGACAGACUGUGGAGAGGGAGGAAGCAACUUCAGUGUCGGGCAGUGUCAGUUAUUCUGUAUGACUAGAACACUGCUCCGGAAAGCCAAGAUUCUUGUUCUUGAUGAGGCUACAGCCUCCGUUGACAUGGAAACAGAUGACCUUAUCCAGCAGACCAUCAGGUCGGAGUUCAAGGACUGCACGGUGCUGACCAUCGCCCACAGGCUCAACACGGUCAUCGACUACGACAGGAUUCUAGUUCUUGAUGAGGGCGAGGUAAAGGAGUUCGAUUCCCCAGAGAAACUGCUCCAGACGAAAGGUGUGUUCUAUCAGAUGUCGCGUGAUGCAGGAGUCAACUCCAGCUGAACACUCGAGGACGGUAACAUCAUUAAACCUCACGGCGCACCAACAAAAACGUGUAAUUAUGUUCUGAAAGAACCCACUGCUUUUCAAUAAAGUCACCAGAUCUCAUAUAAUACAGAACCAUUUUCAUAGGUUAAAAAACUAUACUUAUGUAUUAUUCAAUAUGGAUUUAAAAUUUGUAUCUUAUUUUGUUAUUUUCUUUUAACAUAUGAAGUUACAACAUAAUAAUAUCCUGCGUCUCCUAAACGUGUUUAGGUCAGUACACCUGGCGUUGGGUGAGAAGGGACGGUCCAGUGAUGAACUGCAUCACAUAACCCUUUGUUACCCUUAGUUGUGAACUUAUUGUUUUCAAAAAUACAUAUUUUAGUCAAUAUAUAUAAAUGUUAUACCUCUAUUAAGAAUCUUACAAUUCCAUUGGUUAUUCCCUACCAAGUGACAAAUCAAUACAUUUCAAUGUAGACCUCAAAAUCAUGUGACUGACACUGACCUCGAAUAUUGACUCGUCACAUGAUCAGUAUUCACCCGUCACGUGAUGAAUAUUGACAAGGUGGCAUCUCAGUUUCACAUUUCACUGUUCGCAGCUAAGUUACCGUAAUCAAAGACGUACAUAGAUAUAUACGUCUUUGCUGUAAUGAAACAGAGGAUGGUUAAAAGACUUCGUAAACUUUAAUGGGAAUUUCGGCAAAACAAAACGAUUUAUUAAUCUUGACGAGUAAAGACUUGCCUGCGUUCUCGGUCGGGUCCUAGGGUCCUUGUUUUCGCAAACUGAUUUCGUCAAAAGUAAUUAUUUGUAUACUAAGUCGACAAUAAUGACUUCAAAGUCUACGUUAACUCAUUAACAUUAUCAUAAGACUGAAGACAGAAAUACGAAACAGUGACAUCCUUCAGCGCAAUAGGGCAACCUAAGCCCCGCCCACCCUAUCACAUAUUUGACAAUACCAAAGCUUAUACAAACAGUCUGCGUCAUUCGAAGAUCUAGUUGUCGCCCUCAUUUUCUCGAAAAUGUCAAAUCUUACAAUUCUAACAUACAUGUACGCUUACAUAUUUAUAUGCUAUCAUACUAUGAUACUGAGAACAAAUGGGACCCGGAAUUCAUUCAUACCAGCUAGUACCAGGUUUUAUAUACGUUUUGUGAUACAUAAUGUUGAGCAGAUAUUAGCUAGUAUCACAUUUAAUGUUUCGUUUGUGAUGCUCUUAUUUAUUUGUAUUGUGUAUUUAUAAAUAAGCUGAGAUCUUGUGCUGACGUAAAAUUUCCUUUCGGGAUAAUAAAGUGU